UCUUCUCCGGCCUACUCGAUCUUUGGCAGCGCGUGGCCAGUGCCAAGCUUAGAACUCGAUCUGCCUCAAUCACCAAGAACUCUUCUCCAUCCCUUCCAUCCUCCAAAUUCACACCAUUUCAUCGGUUGCCUCCAAGAAGCUAAGGUUGCUAAGACUUGUUCUUGGAGUGAGAAGUCUUGGAUUGUGGUGACAGUAACAUGAUGGCGAUGGGGUACUUCAGGGCGCCGAGGCGGCUGUACGGGAGGAAGCCGGAGAGGGGGCAGCACCGGGAGAGCCUGAGCGCCGCCCUGCUCGUCGACGAAGGCGAGGUAGCGGCCGCGGCGGGCGCGGUGCCCAAGGGGUACUUCGCCGUGUACGUCGGCGCCGAGGCGCGGCGGUUCGUGGUGCCGACGAGCUACCUCAGCCAGCCGGCGUUCCGGGAGCUGAUGGAGCGCGCCGCGGAGGAGUUCGGCUUCGACCAGGCCGGCGGGCUCCGCAUCCCCUGCCGCGAGGAGGAUUUCCAGGCCACGGUCGCCGCGCUCGAGGAGUCGAGGCGCCGCGGCGGCGGCCGAGAGCGAGGAGCGGCCGCCGGACCAACGCGGUGGGCUCGUUGCAGCUAGUUUAAUUUCAUCGAUGUAGCCAAUAUGCAUAGAUGCAUGUAGAUCAUCAUGGAAAUUGCAGGAAUAUAGAAGAGCGAGAAAUUCUUUGGUUCUUUGGUAUGAUGCGGUUGUUGAGCUGCUGUAGACAGAAUUUAUGGGAUGAGUAACACGCUGUUUUUUUUGUCUAAUUAAAUUACAUUACAAAAAUGACAU